CAGCAUGUCUGACUUUGAUUCGAACCUGGAUUUGUCUGGGACUGGAGCGAGUCCCGCCGAGGCUGCAGAACUGCAGAGGAUGAUCGCGGUGGAACAGCAGAAAGCCCAGUUCACUGCACAGGUGCAUAAUUUUAUGGAUGUGUGCUGGGACAAAUGCAUGGACAGACCUGGAAACAAGCUGGAUUCGCGGACUGAGAACUGCUUAGUCAGCUGUGUAGACCGAUUCAUAGAUACGACCUUGUCUGUCACCAAUCGGUUUGCUCAGAUUGUACAGAAGGGGGCACAUUAACAUAUGUUCAGCUCAAGGACUUUUCUCUGUAGUUCUUAUCCUGGAUGCUGGAAUUCCACUUCCUGGUUUAAAGAAGAUUAACUUGACACAAGAGGAUGAAUAAACUCCAAUCAAGGAUACCCGUGGGGCAGAUUUACUAAAACGCUUAAAUUUUCUCAUUUUCUUAUUAAAAAUUAGAAUAAACUCAUUUCCAUGAA